ACGCGAGCAAGGUCAGACGCAGGGAAUCUUGUUCCUCGCUGCCUAAGAAAUGGCUUCACUUUCAGAAUGUGCACUGCGUCUGUCUCGUCUAAGUGCCCGGAUCUUUGGUGAGGUGGCCAGACCUACUGAUUCAAAGUCCAGGAAAGUGGUGAAUAUGUUCAGUGAACAGCCCUUGGCCAAAAAGUAAGAGGCUUAUGACUGGUAUCCAAAUCACAACACGUAUUUUGCGCUCAUGGGCACACUCCGUUUCCUUGGCCUUUACAGAGAUGAGCAUCAGGAUUCUAUGGAAAAGCAAAGACAUCUAAAGACGCUCCAUGGAAAGGGGAAACCAAGGAAAGGAGAAGGGAAAAGAGCUACAAAGAAGAAAUAGUAUCAGCUCACCAAGAAAGAAAAUUUCUUCCUCAGUGACUAAGGAAGUGUAUCUCAUUAACUUUUCACACAUUAGAGGAAGGUGACCUUCCUCAGUGGACAUCAUCCCAUGUUUUCAUGCACUUCAGUUAAGCUGUGACUGGUUUCUUGAAGAUACUCUAAUUCUUCAAAAUUAUAUUUACAUUGGUUUUGUAAUCUGAAGUUUACCUCCUUCUCUAAUGGAAUGAAUAAACUGUU